AUGAGCGGACAAGAUGCCCAAAUCAUCUUCUUCGGAGACCAGACUGUGGACACUCUCCAGAAUAUCAAGGUUCUCGCCAACCAAGCUCGAACAUCGCCCAUCAUCGCGCGCUUUCUCCGCGAAUGUGCAGAUGUAGUACAGGUCAAUCUUUCAGAACUUGAUACUAAAGAGAAACAGCCAUAUUUGCGAUUUGAGAGCAUUCUUGAAUUGGCUGAAAUCUUUGCCGAACAGAAUACUCCUUUUGAAGCAGUUUCAACAAUUCUGUUUUUCAUCGCACAGUUUGGAGAUCUUCUCUUCCGUGCGGAAAAUGAUCCAUCAUUCUUCAAAGCCAGUCGUAACUCGCCGUCAUAUAGCAUAGGGCUAUGCACUGGGCUCCUCCCAGCAGCCGCAGCAGCAACUGCUGGGGAUGUUGGCGAGCUUCUGACCAUUGGAAGAGUCUUAAUUCCUGUAGCCUAUAGAUUAGGCGUGCAGCAAUGGAGAAGUGCGCAUGAAAUUGAGAGCGCGCCAGGAUCUUGGGCAGUGGCAAUUGUCAGUGUCGAUCCACAAGAGAUUGAGAACAUCAUUAACGCUUUCAACGAUGAUAUGGCCAUUCCCCAACACCGUCAUAUUUAUAUCAGCACAUUGGCCCACCGGUGGGCAGUCAUCUCUGGACCGCCAUCACUGUUCGCAGAGCUGUGGUCCUACUCAAAAACAUUGGCGUCGGCUUCCAAGAUGUCCGUGCCGAUAGGAACCCCUGCUCAUGCUCCCCAUAUUCAGCCUAUUGAUAUAUCCAAAGUUCUCGGUCAAUCACCUGUCUAUGAAUUGCCGAUACGAGACAACGUACAUGUGAUAUCAACUAGUACUUGUCAGCCAUUUGAGGGCCUUACUCUGGGCGAUGUACUCACUGAGGCGCUAGGGGACAUCACAUGUCGGAUGCUGAAUCUUGCUGGAGUCAUCGACUACAUCAUCUCAGAGCUACAUGAUACAGAAAUGGUGAACCUUGAUCCGUUGGGUCCAAAGAGCCAGAUUGAUAGCUUCAAGAAGGCUUUAGAAAACGGUGGCAUCAACUUCACGACACAGUCUGUGCAAUCAGAUGUAAGAAGUGGCCUUCGUGACGGUUCAGAUUUGGUUGCCGUUGUCGGUAUGUCUGCAAGACUACCGGGAAGCGAAGAUAUUGACAGCUUCUGGGAAAUUCUUCAAGCCGGUCAGAAGAUUGAGUCAGAGGUUCCAGCAAGCCGGUUCGACUUGGAAACCCACUAUGAUCCUACUGGAGUCAAGAAAAACACUAUCACCACGCCAUACGGAAGCUUUUUGGACAAUCCUGAGCUUUUUGACAACCGACUAUUCAACGUUUCACCUCGUGAAGCCAAGCAGAUGGAUCCAAUCCAGCGCAUUCUCUUGAUGUGUAGCUAUGAGGCGCUACAAAUGGCCGGAUACACUGCAGAGGCGGCAACUCUAUCCACAAAUCGUGGACGGAUUGCCACCUAUUUUGGCCAGUCGGCUGAUGACUGGCGGGAGGCUAACAAUAGUCAAGACGUCGAUAUCUUUUUUAUACAAGGAGGAGUUAGGCCAUUCUCCACAGGCAGACUGAAUUACCACUACAAAUGGGCAGGAGGCAAUUACUCAGUCGAUUCCGCGUGCGCUGGUAGCUCUACUAGUGUUAUACUUGCAGUUAAUGCUCUUCUUUCUCGAGAAUGCGACACUGCCCUGGCUGGUGGCGGCUCAAUCUAUACUGCCACCACUCAAUAUGCAGGGUUAAGCCGAGCAGGCUUCCUCUCCAAGACUCUUGGUGGCUGCAAGACUUUUAGAGAAGACGCCGACGGCUACCUUCGCGGGGAGGGCGUGGGUCUCGUUGUCCUUAAGCGCCUUGAAGAUGCCAUUGCCGAUAACGACAACGUUUUGGCCGUCUUGAGAAGAGGGGCUAGGAACUACUCUUGGAACUCCAGCUCCAUUACUCACCCAAGCGCCGAUGCUCAAGUCAACCUGAUUCGACAAGUGCUUCGAAAUGCCGAUAUAGACUCCAAGGAUGUGAACUUUGUUGAGGCGCACGGUACUGGCACCCAAGCAGGUGAUGCCAUGGAGAUGGAGGCCAUGACAAGAGUCUUCGGCAGCGAUCGAGCAGAAGACAAUCCUCUCUAUAUUGGUGCCGUCAAGGCCAAUGUUGGACACGGAGAAGCAGCUUCAGGAAUUACUUCUUUAAUCAAGGCAAUCGAGAUGAUUCGCAGAAAGACUAUACCGAAGCAACCGGGGUUUCCAGGGCCUCUCAACCCGAAGUUUCCGCCGCUGGGCAACAUGAACAUUCAUAUCCCCGAUCAAACAUUUCCGUUUAAAUCUAGCCCUUCCAGCAAAGAUGGCAAAAGGAGAAUCUUGAUUAACAACUUUGAUGCCUCUGGUGGCAAUAAUAGCAUGCUUCUGGAAGACGCGCCCGAAAGACAGCACAAGUCUGAAGAUGACCCAAGAAAGUUUUAUACGGUAGCCGUAUCAGCACGAACAACAUAUUCUCUCCAAAAUAACGCACGCCGGCUUUUGGAGUAUCUAGAAUCUCAUCAAGAUGUCCAGUUAUCUGAUUUGGCCUAUACAACCACCGCAAGACGAAUCCACGAGGACCUGCGAAAAGCAUAUACCGUACAAAGUGUCAGCGAGCUGCAGCAGUUACUAGCUACUGAUCUAAAAAAGGACUUUGGUAGCAUCUCGCCUUCCAAUCCUCCUUCAUCGGUAGUCUUCACUUUCACUGGUCAGGGUUCACAGUAUGCUGGCAUGGGGAAACAGCUCUUUGCCACUUCCCCUAGAUUUCGCAAGACUGUGGAGUCACUACAAGACGUGUGCACUUGGCAUGGCUUCCCUUCCUUCAUUGAUCUGAUUGCAUCUGGCGAUGUUGAAAUUGGAGCCUAUAGUGCAGUUCAAGUUCAGCUUGCCAUUGCGGUUAUCGAGUUGGCUUUGGCUGACUUGUGGAAGUCUUGGGGCAUUGAGCCAGAUGUUGUUAUUGGCUACAGCCUAGGCGAAUACGCCGCUUUGCAUGUGGCCGGCGUUCUCUCAGUCCAUGAUGUGUUGUACAUUGUUGGGAAACGCGCAACGCUUAUUCAAGAGAAAUGUACUCCAGGAACGCAUGCUAUGUUGGCAGUCCAGGCAUCUGAAAGCGACAUCAAGGACAAGCUGCUUGCAUACCCGUCGUGCGAAGUGUCUUGCAAAGGAGCGCCAAACUCCAACGUUGUUAGUGGGCCAGCGGAUGAUAUCGUUAAUCUUCAAAGUCAGAUGAAGAAGGAAGGCUACUCAAGCACUUUACUUGAGAUCCCCUAUGGAUUCCAUAGUUCUCAAGUGGACCCGAUUCUAGAGGAGUUCGGAGAGCUACUCGACGGGAUCAACUUUGCUAAGCCACGCAUUCCAGUAGCAUCCACAUUGAAGGGCGCUAUCGUGACAGAGGAAGGAGUCUUUUCACCCUCCUAUCUAGAAGAUCAAGCUCGCCAGCCUGUUGACUUUGUCGGUGCACUCAAGGCUUGCCAGGCUGCAAAUCUUAUUGAUGAUAAGACUGUAUGGAUUGAGAUUGGCCCAAAACCUGUCCUUUCUGCACUUACUGCCGCAAGUCUUGGCAUCAGCCGAGACAAACUCCUCUAUACAAUCUCCAACAAGGACGAGAAUUGGAAGACUAUCUCAGCCUCAACAACAUCUGCCUAUCUGUGUGCGCUACCUCUUAGCUGGACCAAAUUUCACAAAGACUACACAGAGUUCCUUACGCUGCUUCAGCUACCCACUUAUGCGUUUGACCUGAAGAAAUACUGGGUUACAACCAAAAGUGCUACUCCGCCAGUUGAACCCGCGCCAGUACCAGAAAAGAUUACAACACCAUUAGUGCCAGGGUUUCCAAAUGCCAGCCUUCAACGUGUUAAAGAGGAAUCGAUCGAGGCAUCAAAAGCAACAGUUACCUUUGAGUCAAUGACAUGCGAACCAACGCUACUACCCAUUAUACAAGGACAUCUCAUCAACGGGGUGCCACUCUGCCCAGCUAGUGCAUUCAUGGAUAUGGCGUUUUCUGCAGCCAAAUAUCUUUACCUGAGGAUAAACCCUGGGAGCUCAGUACCCGCAAUGUCUCUUACAGGUUUAAAUAUCAUCCAUCCUUUGAUACCAGAUCCUAGGAAGAAGCCCGAUCAAACAGUCAUCAUUAAGGCCGAGAAGGUGGCUAAUAGCCAGACUGUAAACAUCAACUUCAAGUCUCGCUGCGGUAAGUUCUCUGAUGAUCAUGGCAGCUGCCAAGUUCAUUUCAGCGACGAGAAGCAGUGGAAAGCUGAGUGGUCCAACAAUGCCUAUUUCAUCGAUUCAGCUAAAAGCAGUCUCGUUCAACGCGCCAUGGCGGGAACUGGCCACCGUCUUCACAAAAAGGUGGUUUACAAGCUGUUUGCCAAUCUUGUACGCUAUGAUGAGCCUUUCCAGGCUAUGCAAGAGGUGUUUGUUGAGGAAGACUUCAGCAGUGAUGCCGUUGCAAUUGUGAAGCUCUCUCCAGCUAAUCAGUCGCGGUUCACCUUUAGCCCUUACUGGUCUGACUCACUUAUCCAUGUUGCUGGAUUCGUGCUGAAUGGAAAGCCGAAUGUUGACGAUGAUAACCAUUGGAUUGCUAGUGGCUUCGGAAGCUUUCGUGCGCUACAGAGUGUUCAGCCAGGAGUUACAUAUGAGAGCUAUGUUCAUAUACGUCCGGGUGCUGGUCAAAAUACAGCUCAUUGCGAUGUCUACAUCUUUGAAGGCAACGAGAUAGUUGGGUCUAGCACUGGAAUCAUAUUCACGCGAAUGUCGCGCCGGGUCUUGGAAGCUGUUAUUGGAAAAGGCGACACUUACAAUAGCAGUGCUCCUACGCCAGCAAAACCAUCCGCCGUUCCCACCAAGGCGCUGCCUCAAUCGAAAGUCGAAGUCUUCCAGAGCGGCCGAACAUCUCCGUCUCUAUCUGACACAGAGAGCGGAGAGACGCCUGGUACUUCUGUCGAUGGUGACGAUGCAGAUGAGGUCAUCUCUAUUAUUCUUGCCAAAACUGGAUUUGACGCGGCUGAUGCUGAGCCGUUUACUAAAAUUACGGACAUGGGACUUGACUCACUCCUGACUAUUGAAGUUAUCAGUGAGCUUAAAAACAGCCUUGGAUUGGAACUCCCGGCUUCUUUCUUUAACCACAAUCCUACUAUUGCGGAUGUGAGAAGGGCACUUGGAAAUGAUGACAAGCCGGCCCCGAAGCCCAAGAAGAAAAAGGCUUCUGUUGUGGCUCCUGUGGUGACUCCUGUGGCGGCUUCUACAUAUGCGCCUACACCUAGUUCUUCUGAAAGCGAUGCAGAGAUGGCUAUUUCUACUAUUCUUGCUAAAACCGGAUUCGAUCCGGCUGACGUUGAGCCCAACCAAAGCGCGGCGGAAGAGCCUGCAGCGAAGAACACAAGACCCAUUUCCAGCUAUCAUAGCAACGUCGUGCUUGUUCAAGGAAGAUCCAAGUCAAAGAAGACUCCGCUCUUCUUAGUUACAGACGGUGCCGGAUCCUCAAUGUCCUAUAUGCAUCUUCCGCCUCUAUUUUCUGGCGAUAACCCAGUCUAUACAUGCGAAUCUCCCUUCCUUGACAAGCCAGAAGACUUCACCUAUACUAUCGAAGAGGUGUCGGACCUCUACGCAGAGGCCAUUCGCAAGAUACAGCCCCAUGGCCCAUAUCUUCUAGGCGGUUGGUCCCUUGGCGGUUUAUACGCCUUUGAGGUCAGUAAGCGGUUUAUAAACGCUGGUGAAGUAGUCAAGGGCCUGUUUGUCCUCGACUUCAAAUUCCCGAUGGCUUCGAAAGCAAAGAAUCAGAUUGUUCCAUCCAUGGAGAUGGUGGAGAUGAUUGGUGUCGCAAACGGUGUCAAUAUUCCUGGUAAAGGGUUCAUAAUAGCCCCUUCAUCCCCAAAGACUAAGCUGCACUCACUCCAGUCUGUGAGGGCAGCGGUCAAGUAUGUCCUUGACCCGAUGAAGCCUGGUCGAGCACCUUUGAAUACAUAUGUGAUAUGGGCAGGACAAGGUCUUGAGACUCUCUUAGGCGGCAUUCCGGCAGGAAUCGAAGAGAUACUCAAACAAGAAAAGCUUCAUUCAGACCCGGAUACCGAUACCCAAGCAUAUACCAUGUUGCUGUGGUUUUUCGGCAAGCGUAAGGAGCAAGAGGGCCCAGACGGGUGGGAUGUAGCAACGCAGAGCGAGGUUCAUUGUUCGUCUCUACCUUGCGACCAUUUCUCGAUGGUUAACAAGUCUUUUGUAAGUCCUUUCUAUCCAAUCAGAUUAAGAAAAUAG